CCUUCGAUGCUUUCGUCUUGGUCGCCCUUGUCGCUUCCAUCUAUAUCGCUGUCGCCCUUGUCCUUUUCUAUGCUGUUUAAUUCACUAGAACGACGCCUGUCUUUAACUUUUAUAUCUUGGAAGAUGAAACGUCUUGAUUGUGCAGGAGAUACUUUGGAUUUUUGGAACAACUUGGCAAAGUCUUUCUUGGUCCCUGAGUGAUCGUUGCUGAUGAUGCUACGCAAUAACGAAGCACUGGGUGAUCUCCGUAUAAGAUGAGAGCCAGUAUUGGCUUGCUCGUCCACUUUACGUUGAGCUUUGGUUGUAUCCGGGAUAUCUAGGAGAUCUUCCAAAAUGCUGCUGCUGGUGCUUUUUGUGCUCGCCAACGCUUCCCGAUGUUCAAAAGCAAGAAUUGCUUGCAUAGCCUCCGCUUUUGGUAAGAUCACAUUGGACUCCACACAUUCUGAUAAUGGUCUUUCAGCGCUUUCGAUAUGUAAGUCUUGUUUAAGAAGUGUGCUAUUGAUGUCGUUGGGAGUAUGCUGUGAACCAUAGCGCAGAUUAAGUUUUGUUUCCGAUAGUACCGAUAAAUAAUAAGUAUUUUACCUGCAAAGUAGAUGUACUAUCCUGAAGCAAACUGUUUCUGAAUUCCGCCAUUGUUGUUACUACUGCAAUAUCUGCUUCUAAUUGUGCGUCGUCGGGAACAAGUCACAAUGAUAUUGUGGAAUGAAAUAAAGUCUAUGACGAAGAUGGUAAAAGAAACACUGAUAGCAA